GCCGUGGAAACGGCCGCCCUAUAAAUACCGCAGUGAGGCAUAUCCCUCCGCAGACAGGCAGACCACUCCUCAAGCAGCGCAGUUCGUAGGAAGGAACUGCUUCAUUUUAACCCCAGCUCUAUCGGCUAAUGGACAAACUCUUUGUAAAUGCUUUUUAAGAAUCCUCACUCUAGGAAGGCAAAGUCCAGCUGCUCAGCAGGCCCAGGCCUUGAGUUGUACCUGAAGGGGUUUAACUUCACUGGUGAGCCACCUUGGCUUCUCUGCACCUGAGUGACGACAUCUCCCAAUUCCAAGUCUUUCAUAUCCGAUCUACGUGUGAGAAAACGAUACCAAUCAGGAUGAACACCACUGCACUGUCCAAAUGUGACUUUUCCUUCCUUGAAGAGGGCUUCUCUGCUCGGGACAUUGUUGAGCAGAAAAUCAAUGAGUCAUCCUUGACAGACGAUAGAGAUGCAUUCUACGUCUGUGACCUUGGUGAUGUUUUACGAAAACACCUCCGCUGGGCGAGGGCGUUGCCUCGCGUCACGCCGUUCUAUGCCGUCAAGUGCAACGACAGCCAGGCGGUAGUUAUGACUCUGGCAUCACUGGGAACUGGCUUCGACUGCGCCAGCAAGACGGAGAUCCAGCUUGUUCAGUCUCUUGGAGUGGAUCCAAGUAGAAUCAUCUAUGCCAAUCCCUGCAAGCAGGUUUCCCAGAUAAAGUAUGCGUCUGCGCAUGGCGUCCAGAUGAUGACCUUUGACAGUGAAGUGGAACUGAUGAAAGUUGCUCGCUGUCAUGAUGAUGCAAAGUUGGUUCUGCGUAUUGCCACAGACGACUCAAAGGCGGUGUGUCCCCUAAGCGUGAAGUUCGGGGCUCCUCUUAAAGCCUGCCGCGGUCUCCUAGAGAAGGCAAAGGAACUGGGCCUGGAUGUGAUCGGUGUUAGUUUUCAUGUUGGCAGCGGCUGCACUGAUGCUGAGACCUACACCAAAGCUAUUGCUGAUGCUUGCUGUGUCUUUGAUAUGGGGAGAGAGCUGGGCUUUACCAUGGAUCUCCUGGACAUUGGAGGAGGCUUUCCUGGUUCAGAUGACACUGAACUCAAAUUUGAAGAGAUCACAGUAGUGAUCAACUCGGCCCUUGAUAAAUACUUUCCAGUUGACUGCGGGGUCAGGGUCAUUGCUGAACCGGGACGCUUUUAUGUAGCCUCUGCCUACACACUGGUUGUAAAUAUCAUUGCCAAGAAGGUCAUCAUGGACGAGGACUCAUCUUCUGAUGAAGAAGACGAAGGGACCAGUGACAGAACUCUGAUGUAUUAUGUCAACGAUGGGGUGUAUGGCUCCUUCAACUGCAUCCUCUAUGACCAUGCUCACUGUCUGCCAACGUUGCAUAAGAAACCAAAGCCAGAUGAAUCAGUUUACCCUUGCAGUAUAUGGGGCCCAACAUGUGAUGGUCUGGAUCGGAUAGUGGAGCUGUGCACCCUGCCUGACCUCCAGGUGGGCGACUGGCUGGUUUUUGAGAACAUGGGUGCCUACACCGUAGCAGCAUCCUCCACCUUUAAUGGCUUCCAAAGGCCUGACAUUUAUUACGUCAUGUCCCGUCCCGCCUGGAAAUGUGUGCAGCAAAUCUGCUCUGAAGGCCUUCCAGCUCCUGCAGAGGAGUCGGCUCUGUUCGACUUCCCAGCGUGCUGCGGCAGAGAGAGCAGCUUGGAGAUGCCCACGAAGCCCUGCCCUGCCAACGUGGUCUAGAACAGGAAGCAACGUUCCUUAGAGUUAGCUUCUUUGAAUAAUAAUAAUAUUAAUAAGCAGGUAGUGUUCAUCAAGUUCCAAACAUGUUAAAUGAGGCCAGUUACUUGACAGGGGGGGGGGGGUCAUGUUGAUGCACACAUUUCAAUGUUCUGUCCAGAAGUAGGAAUCAACCUUUAAGAGGCUGAAUCAACUCAGACAGUCUAUCUACCAGAAAUAAAUAAAAUAGCAGCUUUAUUAAAUGGAUCUGCUGCUGGCUGCUAGCUUUAGUUUAGUUCACUAAGUGCUUUAUCUUUCCCAUUUCAGAACGGGGGGAGGUUAAUAAUUCUGAGGUAAACUGAAGCACAGCUUUGAGUGAACUUUUCAGUAGCACUGCUUGUAUUGUGACUGUUUAGAUUGCAGACAGCGUUAUCUGUGCUGACUGACCUGCUGGGUCAGCUGCCAUGUUGCCCUGCUAGCUACUUAAGCAUCAGUCAGAGGUGGAAUUCAGAUCCUCUAGUGGUUGAUAUCAUUAUCUUUUCCAUGAUCACCACUUCUGAACAGAACUCAAGUGUUAAUCUUUAAGAUUAGGAAAAAAGUUUUCAGUUUUGAUCCGUGUCAAUAUAUUUACAUGAAUUGUUAGUAAAGUGCUUUUGAACAAAGCAGAGAAAUAUCUUCAAGAUUAACACUUAAACAUGGGGACUCAAAAAGCAGACUGCACCCCCUCUUUUUUUUCUCUAUUUUUAACUUGUGGAAUUAUAUCUAUUCAUAACAAUAUUGACAAAGUUUAACGAUGCAUGUGAACUGGAUAUGAAAGACGGGGAUUGCACAUUCAUAUCGCUUUCCUAUGGAAACUUUUUGAAGUUUUGUAUUUUUUUAUUAAAUAAAGUAUUAGGUGCAGAACCGCAGCAUGUGUAGUGGUUCAAACUAGAAACUGAGAAUGUUACUCAACCAGCACAAGCCUCAGGAGCUCCAUCUGGUGGCUGUUUUUAGUUUUUACCCUCAAACUAAUGUAAAUGGUAAAAACUUCAGAUCCGUGCAAAA